UGGAGGUGAAGAUUAAGACUGGACUAGUCUGCUGUACUACACUGUACAUCUCUGGAGCUGUUUUAGUUGACUCAGUGAGAACAAUGUUGCAACCAAGAGAUACUCCUAAGACUGUGCGUCUGUCUCACUCCAUCAAUGACGAGGAGGGAAAAUACGUGACAUUGAGGAAGACUCUGAUUAAGAAGUGGCUGAAAGGUCAGGGUUUCAACUGUGAACUGGAGGAUGUUCCUAACAUAGCGUUGCUGGGGUCAGGUGGAGGAGAGAGGGCAGCAGUGGGCAUGCUGGGAUCUCUGCAUCAGCUGGAACAGGACAACCUGCUGGGCAGCCUCCUCUAUAUGUGUGGGGUGUCUGGCACCACCUGGUGCAUGUCAUCCCUGUACAGCGAUCCAGCCUUGUCUUUAAGUGAGCGUUGUGAUGAAAUGAUAAAGAAGCUGAGGGGUCCUAAAGUGAACUUGAGCAAAGCUGUGGAGUGGCUGAAAUUGAGGAAAGAAGAAAGCCAGGACUUCAACCUCACUGACUUCUGGGGCGCCUUCACUGCCUCCUAUUUCAUGAAAGAGAUGCACACUCGCUGUCUCUCUGAAGAUACUCACAUCAUCAAACCCUACCCCAUCUACAGCGCCAUAGAACUAGACUGCCGCAAACAGGAUGACACUAAAGGGGUGUGGUUUGAGAUGACCCCCUACGAGAGUGGCUUCUCCGGAUUGGGCGCUUUCAUCCCCACUUCCUGUCUUGGGAGCAAGUUUGAAGGUGGAGCACUGAGAGAGAAGAGGAAGGAAAUGGACAUGGUUCUGCUGCAAGGUAUCUGUGGGAGUACCUUUGCAGACAAGCAGAUAAACAAUGAUGAGGUAGUAAAAAGGAUCUGGAGCUUGUUUGGAGAUCGCCCAGUAGUGCCAUCUGCAGGGAUUGUUCCAGGGUACGAGAGCAUUAAGAGGGAGGAAGGGGAGGUGUGUGAGUGUGUGCCCUCCCGAGUGGUGAGGUGUGUGUCUGAGCUGAUCAAGUACGCUGAUGACCCAGAUCCACUGAAGACAAAGGAAGUCAUCACCACACUGGGACAGCUACUGAAGGGUCUUGUGAGCAGUAAGGGUGAGAUGCUGUGGAACAUGGACCCUGAGAGCUGGAAGAGAACCAGCCUGGUGGAGAGAAAGAAGUUCAUAGAGACAGUCAGUCUGAAGCUCAUCCUCUCCUCAGACAGCUGGGCAAAAGACUGGAAGGACAAACGCUACACCUGCAACGAUGAAGCGAUGUCCAGGGAGUCGAUGAGAACAUCGAAAAAGCCAGACAAAGUGCCAAUAACAAACUCCUGGCUCUCCGAUGGGUUGUGGAUUGUGAAGAACAUUUUCCCUCUGGUCCAAAAAUGGGAAUGGGGAACCACGUCCAACUUCCUCUUCAAGAUCGACGAUACUAACGUUCCGAGCAGCAUGGCGUCCAAAGAGAAGAUUCAUCUGGUAGACGCUGGGUUAAAGUUGAACUCUCCCUACCCCCCCGUCCUGCGCACAUCGAGGAAGGUCGACCUCAUCAUCUCCUUGGACUUCAGCGAAGGAGACCCCUUUGAGGCAAACACACACACACAAUGUUUAUUCCUAUUCAAGCCUUUCAGAAGAACAUGAUGUGCCUAGAUAGUAGUGACCCUCUCAAUUCAAUUCAAGGGGCUUUAUCGGCAUGGGAAACACAUGUUAACAUUGCCAA